AUGACGUUCUCCCAGCUAAUAUCUCCCCUCACAUUUCCAGGCUCCGGAUUUGACUUGACUGAUGUCUCUGAAAAGAUUGAGGAAGAAACCCUUCCAACAUAUAAGGCAGAGAAGUAUUACCCAGCUCAAAUAGGCGAAAUUUUCAACAACAGAUAUCAAAUUGUUGGGAAACUAGGAUACGGAGUGACAUCGACUGUAUGGCUCGGUCGUGAUCUACAUGAGUCUCGACAUGUCGUACUAAAGCUUUGUGUUGCCUCCUCAAAGCCGAAUCAUGAGAUUAGAAUCUACAAUCAUCUCAAUUCAAUUCAAUCUCAAUCUGGCCAUCCCGGCAAAAAUCUCUUUCGACAACUAUACGACUCGUUCGAAGUGAUCGGCCCACAUGGCACUCAUGUGUGCCUUGUUCAACAACCAUUGGGAUUGAGUUUGGAACAGAUGCUCGACCUUCGGCCUACAGGGACUCUGGCUAUACAACUUUUGAAGCAUCCGUUACGACAAAUCCUGGGUGGGCUUGACUUCCUACAUUCAGCCAACAUUGUCCAUACAGACCUCCAAUCCAGAAACAUGCUCCUUGAGAUUGACGAUCCUAAUGUGUUCUCGGUAUUCGAAGAGGCUGAGUUGAAACAACCUGCACCGAGAAAGGUUUUGGACGAUCGCGUCAUUUACAAGAGCCGGCGGAUUCCCCGUACACGGUGCCUACCUAUUAUAACCGAUUUUGGCGAGGCCAGAUUCGCAGAUGAAGACCACAAAGGACAAGAUAUUAUGCCAGAUGUCUACAGAGCACCAGAGGUUAUUCUCAAGAUGAAUUGGGACAAUAAAGUUGAUAUUUGGAGCAUUGCUAUGGUGUUUUGGGACCUCGUAGCUGGGCGAACCCUCUUCCAAGCCAGGAAUGAUCAACAACUUCUGGAUGAUACACUCCACCUUGCAGAGAUGGUUGCUAUCAUGGGACCUCCUCCCAGGGAGUUUCUGGAACGAAGUGAGAUGAGUUCUAUAUGGUGGGACAAGAACGGUCAAUGGAGAGGUUUUGCACCCAUCCCUGACAUCUCCCUUGAACUGCUUGCAGAAGAUCUCGAGGGAGAAAACAAAAAGGGAUUUCUGGAGUUUCUUCAAAGGAUUCUACGUUGGUUACCUGAGGAAAGGCCGACUGCCGAAGAGCUCGUAUUUGACCCGUGGCUGAUGGAGGGGCUGAGAAUCAGGAAAACUACCUAG